UUUAUCAGUCCAAGGACAUCAUUCACUUGGAAAGGGGGGGAAGUUCGAUCCUCUUUUUAAAGGAUCGCAUUUGCGGGAGUUUUUUUCCCUCCCCUAGUUACCGAGACAAGAAGCAUUUUGUUUAUUAUGCGACGGUUUAGUGUUAUCUGCUUUUUAAAUUCUACACCAUUGGUCACAGUAAGUUGCUAGUUUAUGAACGUGAGUAUUAACAUUUUGCCUAAAAGUCGCAUCUUUUUCUUUACUUUGUAUUUGUUUUGCUCUGAAAUGACCAUGCUGCUUGACAGCGGUCCACAGUUCUCGGCGUUAGGCGUUGGAGGCUUUGGGACGCCGAGGCAUCAUGAGAUGGGAAACAGAGAUCCUGGACUGGGGCUCAAUCCCUUUGGAGAUUCAUCACAUUCAGCUGCCUUCAAGCUCAGCCCCGUAGCUCACGAUAUUGCCGCCAGCCAGACUUCUGCUUUCACGGCGCAAGCCUCCGGUUACGCAGCAGCUCUCGGACACCACCACCACCACAGCAGCCAGGUGGGAUCUUAUGGCACCGCAGCCUUCAAUUCUACGCGGGAUUUUUUGUUCAGAAACCGUGCAGCAGGUAUCGGAGAGUCUGCGGCGAGUAACACGCAGCAUGGGAUCUUUGGUCCUUCGGCGGGGAGUCUGCACGGACCCACCGGGAUCUCUGAAACGGCGGGACACCUCUUGUUUCCAGGACUCCACGAACAAGCCACGAGUCACACUUCGCCGACGGGACACGUAGUAAAUACGCAAAUGCAUCUUGGUUUACGCGGAGAUAUUUUUGGAAGACCAGAUCCCUACCGACCGGUUACCAGUCCUCGUACGGACCCUUAUGGUGCUACCCAGUUGCACAACUACAAUCACUCUAUCAACGUGAACAUGCCGACACAUCAUGGACCUGGGGCUUUCUUUAGAUAUAUGAGGCAGCCCAUUAAACAAGAAAUGUCCUGUAAGUGGAUAGAUGAGAACCAGAUGAAUCGGCCGAAAAAGACAUGUGACAGGACUUUCAGCACCAUGCAUGAGUUAGUUACGCACGUCUCCAUGGAACAUGUUGGCGGCCCGGAGCAAAGUCAUCAUACUUGUUUCUGGGAAGACUGUCCCAGGGAAGGGAAGUCUUUUAAAGCCAAAUACAAACUUGUUAAUCACAUACGAGUGCAUACUGGUGAAAAACCAUUCCCUUGUCCGUUCCCUGGGUGUGGAAAAAUAUUUGCCAGGUCGGAAAAUUUGAAAAUUCACAAAAGAACACACACAGGUGAAAAGCCGUUUAAGUGCGAGUUCGAGGGUUGUGACAGACGCUUUGCAAACAGCAGCGACAGGAAAAAGCACAUGCACGUGCACACUUCAGACAAGCCGUACAUUUGUAAAGUCUGUGACAAGUCCUACACACAUCCUAGCUCUCUCAGGAAACACAUGAAGGUUCACGAGUCUCAAGGUUCAGAGUCCUCUCCAGCUGCGAGCUCUGGGUAUGAAUCGUCCACACCACCCGCUCUAGUGUCAGCAAACAGCGAAGACACGACAAAACCGCCCUCAUCAAGCAUGCAAAACGCCCCAACACACAACGAGGGACUUCCGCCCAACUUUAACGAAUGGUUGAGAAAUGUGGUAUUCGAUUAUGAUUGUCACCCUUGAAUAAACCGUUGCCUUUUGUUAAUAACAAUGUAAAUACAUAACCUUAAUGCCAUAUUUAUCCAUUUGUAAUUUAAUUAUCGGCAUAAGUUCUGAAAAUGAUAUUUAUGGAAAUGUUUUCUAACACUAUGUACAGUUUUGAGUCGAUAACAUUAAAAUUCUCAAAUAUAAA